AAAAGAAGUGAAAAAUGUUCCAUGUUUUUUUUUCAUCUGUAAAACAGGUGGAAAAAAAGUCAGGAUCAUUUUUAUUAAUUAAAAGUGUUUGUAAUGCUCAUUUCAGCCACAAGAGGCUGACGUGCACCACUACCACGUCUGCACCACCAGUGCAUGGAGAAAUUAAACUCACCUGGAAGAAAACCUGAAAAGCAUUUAGAACAUGAAAUAGUGGGACACGUCAGACUCUUGUGGUCGAAAGGAGUAUUACAGUAACAAACACUUGAUCCUGGCAAAACCUUUUUUCACUUGUUCUGAAGUUCUAAACACAAGAGAUAUUUUUUUUAAAUCAGACUUGGAAAUUGGAUCACCAGAAUAGUUUUUGAAAGGACUUUUGAAGUAGCGUAUACCUUUGAUGUGUUAGACACUGAUCAGUAAGUGUUCCCUUGUGAUAAACAACAUAAAGCUGUUUUUCUGUUCAUCAUUAAAGCAAGUCAUCCCUACGAUGCCCUGCUUCUCAAUUCUACAUUUUAUUUGACCUCAAGGUUUCCUAUUACACUGUGUGUGUUAUCUACCAGUGUGUAUUCAUAUUAUCUUUAUUUACCCAGGGAGCGUUGAAUUAAGACCUUUGUUCUAUAAUAGUUACACUCCCUGCCACUCCCCAUUACCUUCACAUGGACCCAGUUUUAAUCACCUGCAUAUUAAUGACGAAUGAGGUGGAGGGGUGGGGGAUUUCUAGCUAGAGUGUCGUACAGUGUAUACUGUUCAUAUUGACUGUAGGUUAAAGAUUACACACACACUCACACACACACACACACACACACACACACACACACACACACACACACACACACACACAACACACACACACACACACACACACACACACACACACACACACACACAAACAAACACACACACACCCAUUUAGGUCACAAAGCAAAAAGGUUCUGACGGGAGUUCAGGCACUGCCUCCAGUGAUGUAAAGUGGACUGCACAUAAAAAGAAGCAGCAGGUGACGACUGCGUCUGCUUGAUCUGCUCUCCAGCACACAGAGUGAUCUGAGGUUUCAAAAUGUACGGACACAACCAAGGAAACCAGUACCCUCCUGGUUACCCAAACCAUCCUCAGCAGAUGCCAGCAGGAUACCCUCAUCCUCCAGGCUCUGUCCCACCACCAAACUACCCUCCUCAACACGGAGGCCAACACGGACCUGGACCUGGUUAUGGACCUGGACCUGGACCUGGUUAUGGACCUGGACCUGGUUAUGGACCUGGACCUGGACCUGGACAGGGCCACGGACCUGGACAGGGCCACGGACCUGGACCUGGACAGGGUCAUGGACAAGGCCAGGGCCACGGACACGGAGAGGGCCACGGACACGGCCAGUGCCACGGACAUGGAGAGGGCCACGGACACGGCCAGGGCCACGGACACGGAGAGGGCCACGGACACGGAGAGGGCCACGGACACGGCCAGGGCCAUGGACACGGAGAGGGCCACGGACAUGGGCACAAGCACAAGGAUGGUCACAAGCACAAGGAUGGUCACAAGCAUGGCAAGUGUCACAAGAAAGGAAAGGACUGUCACGGGUCCUGCAGCAGCUCCUGCAGCAGCGACUCUGACUAGAUGAAGAUUCCUGGAUAGGAGGAGAAACAAGACAAGUUGGCACCUGGACAUCUUCAUCCUUCCUAGCAUACAUUAUAAUCAAUAUGUUACUCCCUGAAUAUUUCUUCACAUAUCUUUUUUUUUUUUUUUUUAAAGGAUAUUUUUACAAAAAUGAACACCCAAACGUAAUCAAUCUCUGACUCUCUCCUGACAAACCUCCAGGAUCCAACAAUGCUGGGUGUUUGAAAAUGAGUUUAGAUCAGCCAUGCAAUGUAACAUGUCAUAGCUUCUGACACAUUACAGGCAUUAUUGUAUCCAUGAUUGUGUUUGUGCUCAUGUAAAAGUCACGACAC